AUGGAAUAUUCCAGCUGUGUAUAUUUCAGUGGAGACCUGUGUGCUGCACAACCUGGGAAGGAGAUAGGCUGUACUGAACACCCUGGGAAAGAGAUGAGCUGUACUGAACACCCUGGGAAGAAGAUUAGCUGUUCUGAACACCCUGGGGAGGAGAGUGACAGCAGGGAGACCCAGACAACAGACAUGGGCCCGCAGCAGGAAACAACCCAUACAGGAGAAAAACCCUACAAAUGUGACCAAUGUGACUAUUCUGCUGCACACAAAUCUCACUUAUCCCGACAUAUGAGAACCCAUACAGGAGAAAAACCCUACAUGUGUGGGGAGUGUGGGUACAGGACAGCUCGCAAGUUUUCUUUAUCCCAACAUUUGAGAACCCAUACAGGAGAAAAACCCUACAAGUGUAACCAGUGUGACUUUUCUGCAACACGAAAAUUUAGCUUUAAUCAACACCUUACAAAACACACCGGUGAGAAACCUUACAUGUGUGGGGAGUGUGGGUACUGGUCAGCUCAAAAGUCUCACUUAUCCCGACAUAUGAGAACCCAUACAGGGGAAAAACCCUACAAGUGUGACGAGUGUGACUAUUCUGCAGCACUGAAAGCCAAUUUGAAUAUACAUCUAGCAAACCACACUGGUGACAAACCCUACAUGUGUGGGGAGUGUGGAUACAGGACAACUCACAAGUACACCUUAUAUCAAUACAUGAGAACCCAUACAGGAGAAAAACCCUACAAGUGUGACCAGUGUGACUAUUCUGCAGCACACAGAGGCAAUUUGGUCAGACAUCAAAAAAAACACACCGGUGAGAAACCCUACAUGUGUGGGGAGUGUGAAUACAGGACAGCUCGAAAGUCUUGCCUAUCCGAACAUAUACGGACCCAUACCGGAGAAAAACCCUUCAAGUGUGACCAGUGCGACUAUUCUGCGGCGCAUAAAUCCAGUUUGGACGUUCAUCUUGCAACACACACUGGUGAAAAACCCUACAUGUGUGGGGAGUGUGGGUACAGGGCAGUUGACCGAUCUGCCUUAUUACGACAUAUAAGGAAACAUACGGGAGAAAAACCCUGUAAGUGUGACCAGUGUGACUAUUCUACUGCAUACAGAAGUAACUUGAACCAACAUGCAGUGAGACACACUGGUGAGAAACCCUACAUGUGUGGGGAGUGUGGGUACAGAUCAACUCAACAGUCAAACUUAUCCCGACAUAUGAGACACCAUAUAAUAGAAAACCCCGUGUGA